AUGGCUCAAACAAACUACUACUUAAGAAAUCGAUUAUUUUUAUAAGGUCAUUAUGGACUUUAAUCAGAUGAAAAAAGGUCAUUAAAAUUAUAACAGAUAAUUUUCUUAUCAGGAAAAACAUUCUCUAAUAUAAAAAACAAGUUUUUCAGAUUUAAUCUCAUUUAUAUUAAUAAAAAGGAAUUUUAAUCCAAUAAUUUAGAAAUGAAGUUACUACAUCCUUAUGGAGGAUUAUUAGCCUAAUAAAAUAAUAGCUAAAUUAAAUACAAUCACAUCAAUAAAUUAUGA